AUGGCACCAAUCCGCCUAGCCCUAGUCGGCCUCUCCUCCACCUCUCCCUCCUGGCUAUCCAACGCCCACCUGCCCUACCUCCUCUCCUCGCGGGGCAAAGACAAAUUUCAAAUCGUCGCUCUCCAAAACUCUUCCGUCGAAGCAGCCCGCAAAGCUAUCGAUUCCUACAAGCUUGAUCCAGAAACGGUGAAGGCGUAUGGUAGUCCCGAAGAGCUCGCCAAAGACGACAACGUCGAACUAGUCGUCGUCGGAACGAGAGUGGAUGUGCACUACUCUAACCUUAAGCCGUUGCUUGAGGUGUGGAAGGAUACUUCAAUCGGAAAGAAGAGAGGAGUCUACUCCGAGUGGCCUUUGGCUUCGAACUUGCAGCAGAUUGAGGAGUUGAUUCAACUGGCAAAGGAAACAAGAGUGAAGACGGUGGUGGGAACGCAAGGGUUUGCGAGUCCGGUUGUGAAAAAGGUUGAGGAGCUGUUGAAGAGUGGGAAGAUUGGCAAGGUGCUGAGUUCGGAAGUGAGACUCAGUGGUUUGACGGAGGAGAGGGAUGCGGUUGCUGAAAAGAUAGAGUAUUUCACUAGGAGGGAGGUGGGUGGGAAUUUGUGGAGUAUUGGUGGUGGGCAUAUAAUCGACCUCCUACAAUUCACUCUCGGCGACCUCCCCCCCUCCACCAUAAAAUCCCACUUCCAGAUCCAACAUCCUCUCGUGCCCAUCACCAACUCAACCGGCGCCGUAACCAAAACAGCCCAAUCCAACGUCCCCGACCUUCUAUACCUCACCGGCUCCCUCCCCUCCUCCUCCUUCGUCCAAGCCAACGCCUCCCUAUCACUGCGCAUGCGCCGCGGUCCUCCCUUUCCCGGCGAGCCAGCUUUCGUGUGGACGAUCACUGGCGAAAAGGGAGAGAUCAGAGUUACUAGCACUGAAUCUGUCACAAUCUUUUUGGGGCUUGGGGAGGUUAAGGUUGAGGUGCAUGAUUAUGGAAGUAACGAGGUGGAGGAGGUGGAGUGGAGGUGGGAGGGGUGGCAGGAGGAGUUGAAGUUGCCGGGGCCGGCGAGGAAUGUGGGGAGUGUUUAUGAGGGGGUUUAUGAAGAUUGGGUAAAUGAUGGCAGGGGUAAUGAAGUGGCUGGCGCGCCAGAGGUUGAAGGGGAUGCUUUUGGCCCGAUUGGAAUCAGCGUCGUUCGUCACAUGCACAGGACACAGGGCCGUCGCCGCCACCAUCAUCAUCAUCACUACCUGGAGGAGAGGGGUGCUAUACGCAAAUGGGACAUGGAAGGAAAGGAGAGGAAACGAAACGAGUACUCACCCCUCCCCAAGAUGUCCAACCACCACCUGCACCCCAGGGAACUCAUCAAACACCCCGCCCGAACAAAUGGCAUAUAA